UGACUUGACGACGUCACACGCUGUCGACAGCAGGGAGCAGCAACAGAGCCGCCUGUGCCGAACACUGACUUAGAGUUGGAUGUAAAGUUCUCUGAGCUGCGUCGACAUGGUUGGGAAGAUAAAACAUGUCCGUCAGAAGCUUCACCAGGAGGCGGUGAAGCUCGACAAGCCGAGCAGCCUCUCAAAGUCCCUGGACUCCGCUUCCUGUCCGAGUUUAGAGAAGCCUGCAGCCCCGGAGCUCCACAACACAACACCAACACUGCUGGAGCAAAACAAGAGUGUGGCCUCGAAACACCCUCAACAGGUUCUGGGGCAGGGGAUCUUCCCUUCUGGGGUCUUUGCCGGCACCAAGAUCACUCCAGAGGCCCUGGUACAGACACUCAAGUUCGAGGAACCUCCAGGUGUACCUGUACCUGCUAAGAAAGCCCCAGAAGAGAAGAAAUUGAAGUCAAAGAAAGAGAAGAUGAAGGAGAGGAGGGAGAGAUGGCUUAACAAGAUCAGCUCCAUUAAACAGGCCAAGGAGCAGCAGGCGGCCGAGGCCCGGAGGCAGGCCACGCCCGUGGUGGGGGACAUGAGGGUGCUGGCCGACGCCCUGCCGGAGCUCUCUCAGCUCAUUACCCCCGCCGUCACAGCCCCCACCGCUCGACGCAAGAGCAGGAAAAACAAAGUGCCUGUGAAGAGACCUGAGCCAACAGAUUUCAGUCAGAUGAAACAGUCACAGAAACGCAAACUCCUGGAAUCAGAGACCAGCAGGUUUAGCGACGCAGUAAAGACCCUCUCUGCCAAAAUGAACCCUCUGGUUGAUAUCGGUGAGCAGCUGAGGAAGAGGAUGAGGCAGGAAGAAGAGCAAGGCCCCAGCUAACAACAACAGCAGCAGCAGCUCAACUCUGUGACGCUGAAGUGCUUCCACAAAGCCCAGUCAACACUUGAUGCUGUCGGGAAAACUGGAACAUCCUUGAGUUUGAAAGGAGGAAGAACUCCAUGGACACGGACAAUGGGUGGCAUAGAGUGUAGUAAAUGUUGACUGUAACGGAUAUCCUAUCGGUUUUAUUAUCCAUGUUUACUCUUCGGUAAUAAAUCACAGUUCGUUUACGAA